AUGGCAUCAUCUGCAAAUGUUCAUUGCACCAACGCCCCUGGCAAACAAAUUAGCUAUGCCAAUAAUUCCUCACUACAAAAAAAAGUGCAAUUGAAGACAAGGCCAUUCCUAGAGGAUACCAUCAAAGACAUGUUGAGCAAGAUGGUUCCUGUUCCUUGUAUUAAGGUGGCUGAUUUGGGUUGUGCUUCGGGUCCUAACACAUUCUUCCCUGCAUGUGAAAUUGUGGGAAUCGUCACUAGGAUUUGCGGAGAAGCACAUUCUGAAUCGCCUGAGCUUCAAGUGUUCCUUAAUGAUCUUCCCCAAAAUGAUUUCAACACUGUGUUUAAAUCUGUUCCCUCAUUCAAUGGGAGGCCUUGUUUCAUAGCCGGAGUAGCAGGUUCUUUUUAUCAGAGGCUUUUUCCGAGUAACAGCAUUCACUUCGUGCAUUCUUCUUACUGUCUUCAUUGGCUCUCAAAGGUACCAGAAGGAGUCAAGAACAACAAAGGGAACAUACAUAUAGGAAAGUCGAGCCCUCCUAAUGUAUCGAAAGCUUAUUCGGAGCAAUUUCGAAAUGAUUUCUCUAAAUUCUUACGCUUUCGCUAUGAAGAAAUGAUAAGUGGAGGACGAAUGCUUCUUACCUUCAUUGGUAGGAGCAUUACUGAUCCUGCAAGUAAAGACUAUUGCACUACAUGGGAUCUACUAACCAAAUCGCUCCUCGACUUGGUGGCCGAGGGGUUGGUGUGCAAAUCUGAAGUGGAUUCAUUCAAUGUGCCUUACUAUUACCCUUGCAAAGAAGAAGUGAGGGAAUUCAUUGAAAAAAAUGGGUCUUUUAUUCUCGACAAAUUAGAAAGUUUCGAAAUGAAUUGGGAUUUCGAAGACGAUAUUUGCAACGAAAAUUUCAUAUUCGAAAAGAGUAAAAGCGGGCAAAAUGUUGCAAAUUGCAUACGAGCAAUUACAGAAUCUAUGAUUGCUAGUCAUUUUGGAAAGACCAUAAUUGAUGAUCUGUAUUCAAGAUUUGCACAACAUGUGGGUGAGCAUUUGUCAAGUGAGAAGACAAAGUAUGCUACUAUUGUUGUUUCGAUGACUAAGAAAUAGUUUGUCCUAGUUGUUGCUUUGGCUAUUUGCUUAAAAUAAAAAUUGUAAUGGAAGUGCUAGACUGUGUGGUUAUUAUGGCUUAAUUUU